AUGGCCACAAUCCGGAAAGAAAAGCUCACAUUUCUUGACAUUGUCGACAUAUGCGAUAAUGUUCAUUUACAUCGUGGGCCAUCGGGACUCUGCGAUGUUUCAUUUAACUCGGAGAUUCUGGUACCUCUAUACCUUUCUGAAUCGCCCGAUAGUCCAGUAAUCGGACUACUCCGCCCCACUAUGGUUGAACAACUACAAGUUGAGAAUCAAAACAGUUAUCAGAAUGGCACAGAAAAGAUGUGGUCGUUCAGGUUGAGCCCUUCCGAGCAUAUCACUUCACGAAAUGGGGUUCCUGGACCCAGCGUCAGCUUCCGCAAUUGGUUAGACACACCCUCGAAACGAACUGCAGCUAUGAAGGAAUUGUGCGAACGCUGGAGGGACACUGGCCUUUUUUCAAACGUGUGCGGCCCGAAGAAGUGGAGAAACGAGAUGUAUCCUGUGUAUUCAGAUCCCUUCGGGUUCCAUGAUCACCCUCUAGUAGCAGGACACGAAGAAGGGCUCAAUUUCGCAUUCGAAAUGGAACGCUCGGCAUGCGCGCUGUUUGGGGUAGUCACAUACGGUGUACAUCUGAGCAUCUAUGAUGAGGUUUUGCAGGAAGAUGGCCAACGAAAAUUGCGUAUGUGGGUUCCAACUCGUGCUCUCACCAAGCCGACCUUCCCUGGCCUCCUAGAUAACACUGUUGCUGGGGGUAUCCCAAGCGGCAUGCCAAUAUUCGACUCAUUGGUAAAAGAAUGCAUGGAAGAGGCUAGUAUUGAACCUGAAAUUGUCAAUAAAUAUACCAGGGCAGUUGGCUCCAUCAGCUAUUUCUACAGGGCGUCUACCGGCUGGUUACAACCAGAAGUCGAAUAUGUCUACGACAUCCAAAUUCCACCUAAUGUUGAUCCUGCACCAUUUACCCCACGGCCUUUGGAUGGAGAGGUUGAAUCAUUUGAGUUCGUAUCACACGAUAAACUUUUGCAGCAGUUGCAAGCGGGGCUGUUCAAACCAAAUUGCGGUCUUGUGAUACUCGACCUCUUCAUUCGGCUUGGAUAUAUCACUCCGGAUAAUGAACCUGAUUUCUUGAAGAUAAUCAACCGACUGCACGGUACGUUUGAUUAUGCAAUUUGGUGA